AUGUCGUUAAUUAUAUCCACUAUUGAUUCAAUGCAUACCACUACUGAAACAACGUUCAUUCCGGUUUUACUAUUAACCUUCCUGAAUUGUCCUUUCUUUGCUGGAUCCGAAAUUUGCUAUCGAUGUGCUAACGAAUUCAUUGUUAUGUAUUGGGGACAUUUUCUCCCAAUUCAAGCAGAUGAUGAAUUGGUUGCCGAUUCGAUAUGUAUAAAAAUUAAUGAAAGAUCAGAAGAAGUACAAUGUGUUGGUCCAUGUUUAACAUUGAAUGUCACCAUUGGUGAAGGUAACAGAACUCGAGUUAUAGGAAUGAUGCGAGAUUGCCAAAAAAAAUAUUACAGUCGGAAUUCGGAUAACGAUAUUGGAAAUCGAAGAUGCCGAAAUCAAACGAUCAAAGUUCGCCAACAUAUGCUGAAUGCUGAAUAUUGCUUUUGUUUGGGUAGUUACUGUAACGGCGAUGGUGAUCGAAUUGACAGGUCAGUGAGUGAAUCCCGGAAAAGACAGAAAUAUACGAAAAUUGGAAAUGAAGGACGGAAUGGUACCAAUAUGAGAUGGUCCUUGUGUGAUGUUCAGUGUUUGAUACUUGUUUAUGUAGUAUAUUUGAAAUUACAUUUGGUUAGUUUGUAG